CAGCCGGUGUCUGAACACAGCUGCAUCCGGUGACACUAUGUCACAGAUCUUCAGUUUACUGCUAAAAUGUGUUUUUAUUCCACUAGUCUGACUCUGAAGAUGAAACCGGCUGGUCUAGACAGAUUAUUCUCUCCAGUGUUUUAACAUUGUAUUAUUUUAUUUACCGGAACAACUUUUUAAUGAAGGUUAGUUUUAGAAAAACAAGUACGCAUCAAUGAAGUGAACUUAAAUUAGAGCUGUUUACGUUUUUAUUAUAAAACUAUGGAGAUCUCACAUGUGUAAGCUUCAACAGCAGACUGUAAUUUAGGGGGAAAUGGUUCCUUUAAAGAGGAGGAAAGUCGUGUCCUCUCAAACUGGGACCUGUGGGACAGAAAUCAAGUUUCCUCAGUUUGUUUUGUUUCUGCUGGAGAGAAAAAUGGGAACCAGCCGAAGAUCAUUUCUGUCUGAGCUCGGCCGAAGGAAAGGCUUCAAAGUGGAGGACAAGUUCAGGUAAUGUCGAUCUUUAUUAAAGAACAAUUUAAUCAAACAUUUAGUAUAUAUCUGUAUCGAGGCAACUCAAAAAAAAAAUAAAAAAACGUGACAGAUAUUAGAAAAGCACCCUGAAAAGACGGAAACAUAAAAAAAAUAAAAAAAAACAGCAACAAUAGAAGGUGAAAGUAUGAAGAUAUAGGGGAGAGUGGGGUAAGAGAGCAACCAAAACGCCACUUCCCAGGACGGAGCCCUGAGGAACCCCACGUGUAAUUUUUGUCUGAUCAUCUGUGAAGUCAGCUGUCCUCGUUUCUGUCCUAAAUUUGAACCAGUAAGACCAGCUCAGUUCUCCAGUUAGUUAAGUCUUAUAUUAUGGUUGACUGUGUGGAGGCUUGUCACUGUGUGCUUAAUUACAUAACAAAUCCUUUAUUUCACAGUGAGACCGUCACACACGUCAUCUCUGAGAGUAACUCUGCUGCUGAGGUCAGGACGUGGCUGGACACACAGGUCAGAGGUCAAACACCUUCAGUUCACCUCCUGGACGUCAGCUGGUUCACGGAGAGCAUGCAGGCCGGACAUCCUGUUCAGAUCCUGGACAGACAUAAACUUCAGGUACAUGCUGCUUCACCUGCACUGAAAUGAGUCAUUUCAACACCUGUACACCUCUCAGCAGAGUAAAUUUAACUCUUCUGGUUUAAGGAGCAGCAGAUUACCGAGGAGGUGGUGGCGUUCUCUGUACCGAGCUACGCCUGUCAGAGAAGAACCACCCUGGAGAACCACAACAUGGUCCUCACUGUAAGUCUGUGAACACAGAUAUAUAGAGUCCAGCUGCCUUAGUCUUGAUAGCAGAGGGAUUCAGGAUGUGUUCUUCUCAGGAUGCUCUGUCGCUCUUGGCUGAAAAUGCCGAGCUCAGCGAGGAGGACGGUCGAGGCGUUGCUUUCCGACGAGCUGCCGCCGUCUUAAAAUGUCUCCCUGAACCAGUGAGGAGCAUGGCCCAGCUUAGAGGACUUCCCUGUCUGGGGGAUCACUCUCUCAGAGUCAUCAAAGUAAGUCAGCUGUCUGACCCUCCAGCUUUUCAGACCGCUGACUUAAAAAUCAUGUUUUCAUUCUGAUUAUUUGUAGGAGAUUUUGGAAACUGGAGCUUCAAGUGAGGUUGAAUCUAUGAGGGAGUCUGAGCGAUACAAGGCGCUAAAGGUAAGUCAGCUGAAGGACUACUGGUUUAUAUCUGAGCUGUGAGUCUUUUUGGAAAAAAAAAAAAAAAAUCAUUCCUUUUUUUGAAACAUUUAAAACUACUCUCAGGGGCUUAAAAUCUCACAUUUAUUUGUUAAAAAACUUUGGUACUGUCCCCAAAUACUUGAAACUGAUCAGUGCGCCUCAUCGUGUCUUCACACGGCCUGUAGCUUUAUCUUUUGUGUCGUAGAGAAACAACAACAGCAGUUAUUACAGGAUUUGACUAGAGGAGCUGCAUUUCUUUGUUUUUGUCUCACCAGCACCAUUUAGUGGUCAAGCUCAGACAGAGCGACAUGUUGAGAAAGACCCGGGCUGUGAUUUGUCUUCUUAUGAGUAACAAAUCUUAGAAAAAGACGUAAAAAUAAAAAAACACUCAAAACUUCAGACAGUUUAAUUAUUAUUAUUAUUUAAAACCAGAAAGAGAAGCUGUUUAAGACUUCAAACACACCCAUCAGAAGUUCGUCGAUCUCCAGCUUCAAAUCCAGAUUUGGUUUUAUUAGUUCAGUAUUGCCAAAUGUUUUUGCUGAAAAAAGGAUGUUUGUUUCGAUGGUUAUCAUUUAUGCUAACUAAUAAAUCCAAAGAAUGUCCAAAUGAAAUGUACAAAAGUGUUCAGUUAACACCAGGCACAACCUAAUACAGUAUAAAGUACUCUACAGUCUCCAUUACUCGCAAGUAAAACUACAUGAAUUUUACCCUGAUGUCCCACCAACAUGCAACUGAUGUAAAUCCUCGGUAAGUACACAUUCAUUCUGGGCGUGUAGUAAACUUCAUUUAUUUUGGAAAUGUACACUACAGGCCAAAAGUUUGGAAGCAGGGCCAUUACAGGCCGAACAGUUGGGAGUAACUUCAAGUUUUUGUUCACAAUGCUUUUUUUUAGAUCUUUUUAGAGUUUUAUGUAUUUUGGGAUGUAUUUACUCCAUGAUCAGAUGUUGCUUUCAUGGAAAUGCACCAUUUUACUCCAUUUACCUUUAGAUAUACAUUAAUGUUAACAGACCAUUGCGAAAUUUUUGUCAGCAAAAGAAAAUAAGGGCUUAGUUUUAGGGUCAAAAACAUUUGCAAGAGUCACAACUUCAGUGCAAAAGCAAAAAAAAUCACAGUUGGAUUAUUUACUUCAACUUUUUGGCUUUUGAGAGUCUGCAUACAAAAAUCCUAAUAAAUCUCAACUGCAUUAAACUACUGCAGAAAUGGCUAGAAAGAAGCAACUGAGUAAAGAAACAAAAGUACAGAUUUGUACAUUGAGGAAAGAAGGAUACACAGAAAGAGAAAUUGCAAAACGCCUAAAGGUGUUUAACAAAGGAGUCCACUACACUCUGAAGAGACUAGACUAGAGGAACCUUGAAGUUAUGAUGAUAGAAAAAGACCUGGACGAAAGAGAGUUACUACAAAAGCAGAGGAUACACAUAGCAUUGUCACCAGUAAGAGAGAGCAGCGAAAGACAGCACCAAAAAUAAGGGAGGAAAUCAACAUGACAAGGUCGAAACCCAUAUCGCUGACAACCGUGAAAUGACGUUUGAGAAAGGCUGGUCUGAAGGGUUGUGUAUCUAGCUUACAAAAAUUUGACCUGUGAUGACUAGAAACAAGUUCUCUGGACCGAUGAAAGCAAGUUUGAACUGUUUGGUUCAAAACGCAGAGUCUAUGUCCGCUGACAAACUGGUGAACGUCUGAAAGCACCAUGUGUUACACCCACAAUUCAGCAUGGAGGUGGUAGUUCCAUGGUAUGGGGAUGUUUUGCAGGUGAUGGAGUAGGAGCUUUGUUUGAAGUAAAGGGUAUCAUGAAGAAGGAACAGUAUCACUCCAUCCUCCAGCACCAUGCUGUUCCAUCUGGACUCAGACUUGUGGCUCCUAAGUUUAUUUUGCAGCAAGACAAUGACCCUAAGCACUCUGCCAAGCUCUGUCAGGGUUACCUAGACAAAAAAAGAAGAGGAAGGAGUUCUUCAAAAUGGGUUGCCCACCUCAGUCUCCAGACCUUUUUCCAAUCGAGCUUGUGUGGGAUGAAUUGGAUCUAUCAGUCAGAAAAGCGCGUCUCACGAAUCAGCAGUCUCCUUUUAAUGAACUUAAGAAAGCUUGGAAUGCAAUCCCUGGAACAUACCUUAGAAAACUUGUGGAAUGAAUGCCUGGUAUAUGCCAAGCUGUUGUCAAAGCCAGAGGAGGUUACGUUAAAGAAAGCAAAGUCUAAGCAACAAUAACUCAAAUACCUAAUAAUUGUAGUCAAAGUGUCUUCUUAUAAGUUUCAUUUUUUCACAAUAGUCAUGUUUAUUGUGUUGCAAAUUAAUUAAUUAAUGAAACUAUGGUCUUUUUUUUGUACAAAUCUGAUCUUGCUCCCAAACAUUUGGCCUGCAGUGUAUGUUUCAGUGUUUUUAUAAGGCUUUUGAUAAAAAUUUGGCACCCAACCCUCUGGUUUCCAUUCUUGGUACCAUGUGUGUCCUUUAUCUGUUAAUAGAUUUAAAGAAUUGCAAUUCAGUUUAGGAUGGUGAUCGCUAAAAUGUUGAUUCUACAACUGUGAAAAGCAGACUCUGUGCAUACUUUUAACUUAUGGUUGGGAGAAUUGUCAAAGACGUUACAUUUGGAGAGACUGAGAUUCUACAACGAAUAUUAGUGUUGUGUCGUUCGCAAACGACUUGUUCAAAAGAACCAAAUCUUGUAAGUGAACGUACUGAACCGAAUCACUUCCUCAAGUGAUUCGUUCAGUUGAGCUGAAGUGAGAAACAGCAUUGCCAGGUCAGCAGCUGGCGAACGAGGGACCACAUGCACCAACCCCUGAAUCACUUGGUGAACAAAUCACGCAUCGGACUACACUCUCUGGAAUCAUUUUUGUCUCACAAAACUAUCUUUUUUUUUUCACUGCUAAAUUGCCACCACAACAACUUGCAUACAAUAGGACACAGCAUGUAACAAGUAGUGCAUUAAACUAAAAAUGUGUAGUUUGAAUUCUUCUAAACGUUCAGUGAACGAAUCACUCACUGACCCCAAUUUACCGAGCAGACCUGAUAAAUAGCAUACCAUAGGCUGGUACACUAAAAACACCAUGACUUAUAAACAAGUUCAUUUUUACAAAUCUGUUUGCCAAUGCAGCACAGCCAAACACUCUUGUCUCCCGGUCCCAGAAACUAUGAAUUGAACUGAAUCCUGAACCGUUAAGCUGUGUAUCAGUUCAAGAGGUCGAAGUCGCAGGCUCCUCCUGCUAAACGAUUCGGUGAUUUGGUGAACAAAUCUUUUGAACAAGUCUUUUUAGUUAACUGAUUCUAGUAAUUCAGUACAUCUAAAAGAACUGCUGUGCCCAUCAUUAAUGAAGAUAGAGGGGAUACAUUUGAUAAAACAUGGGACCCUGUACUGAAUUACCUUAAAAAUGAAAGCACAGAGACUAUGGCUGUUGUACAAAGCCUUACAGCGCAAACAAAAUAUGAUCUUGUCUACCGACCUAUUUAUUUUACUAUUAUUGUUACGAUUAUAAUUUCAUGUCUGCUUUUAUAUUCUGUAUAGUCGAUACUCAUUUUAUGACCAUGUAAUGUAGUUGUAAUUCUUGAUGUGCUGCUCUUUAAAAAAAGCAUAGUUUAUUUAUUUAAAAAAAAUUAACCUUGAUAUUUAUAUUCUCUCUGGUAAAAAGAAAAAACGACAAUAUUAUCAGAAAUCAUUAAUGCACAGUUACUUUUUAUUUUAUGAAAAGUACAAAAUUACAAAAAUAAAAAUCAUCUUUUUGGCAUGUGCAAAUGUCAGGGCACCCUGAGAGCUUAAAGUGUCUGGUCUUUAAAGAUUCUUUUUAGAAGCUCAGACUUUCACCAGCUCGUUAGUCCUAAAGCAGGUGUCAACAAUUCUCAUCAGGGAGCGCCAGCUGGUGCCAAUUUAAGGGGUUUCAACUCCACAAACCUUGUGCAUUCAUCCAGCAACCAUGGGUUCCUCUAAAAAGGUGUGUAAGACAGAAAAAAUGAAAUUUAUUGAUGCCCACAAUGCAGGGGAGGGCUACAAGAAGAUAGCAAAGCGUUUCCAGCUUGCAGUUUCCACAGUGCGAGGUAUAAUUAAGAGAUGGCAGGUGAGGGGAACUGUGGAGGUCAAGAUGAGAUCUGGAAGACCAAGUAAAAUCUCAGAGAGAACUGCUCGUUUGCUGGUCAGGAAAGUAAAUCAAAACCCACAUUUGACUCCAAAAGACCUGCAAGAAUAUUUAGCAGACGCAGGAGUGGUGGUGCACCCUUCCACUGUGCAGCGAUGUUUUAAAAAACAAGACCUUCAUGGAAGAGUCUGCAGAAGAAAACCUUUCCUGCGUCCUCAUAUUAAAAAACAAUGACAAAAAUAUGCAACAGAACAUCCAGAGAAGCCUGAUGACUUCUGGAAACAAGUGCUGUGGACUGAUGAAGUUAAAAUAGAACUCUUUGGCCACAAUAAGCAAAGGUAUGUUUGGAGAAAAAAAGGAACAGUUUUUCAUGAACAGAACACCUUGCCAACUUUGAAAUAUUGGGGUGGAUCCAUCAUGCUUUGGGGUUGUGUUGCAGCCAAUGGGACAGAAAACAUUCCUCAAGUGGAGGGAAGAAUGGAUUCCAUUAGAUACCAGCAAAUUCUUGAGGCAGGUAUCACUGCACCUGAAGCUGAAAAGAGGAUGUUUUCUACAGCGGGAUAAUGAUCCUAAACAUACCUCUAAAUCCACCAUGGACUACCUCAAGAAAUGCAAGUUGAAGGUUUUGGAAUGGCCUUCACAGUCUCCAGACUUAAACAAAAUCGAAAAUCUGUGGGUUGUUCUUAAAAGAGCUUUGCAUGCAAGACGACCCAAGAAUAUUGCAGAACUGGAAGCCUUUUGCAAGGAAGAAUGGGGGGAAAAUCCCAAAGGAUAGAAUCCAGAGACUUGUAGUUGGCUAUAAAAAGCGUUUACAAGCUGUGAUAUCUACCAGAGGGGGUCUUACUAAGUACUGAAGGUACUGAUGCUUAAGGGUGCCCUGACAUUUGCACAUGCCAAAAAGAUUAUUUUUAUUUUUGUAAUUUUGUACUUUUUAUAAAAUAAAAAGUAACUGUGCAUUAAUGAUUUCCGAUAAUAUUGUUUUUUUUCCUAUUUACCAGAGAGACUAUAAAUAUCAAGGUCAAUUUUUUAAUAAAUAAACCAUGCUUUUUUUUAAAGGGGUGCCCUGACUUUCACUCACAACUGUAUAUACUGUAUAUAUGUUUAUAUAUUUUUUUCUUUUUCAUUUUAUUGUUCAUUGAAAAUUAAUAAACAUUUCUAAAAAAAAAAAAAAAGAAAUCCAGGUAGAAUGGCAAAUUUGUCAAGUUUUAAAUCAAUUUUUUUUUAAAAAAAUGUGUUUCAGGUUUUAACCGGUAUUUUUGGCGUUGGAGCAAAAACAGCAGACCGAUGGAUCAGAGAGGGGAUACAAGACCUUCAGCAGCUGCGAGAUUCAGAACAGACACUCAACCGAGCCCAGCAGGCUGGUGUGUGUCUGCACUCAUGUCUCAACAUUUAAAAAGUGUGACAUCAAACUUUUUUAUCGAGUAAAUGAUGUUUCACCGUCAGGUCUGGAGCACUACCAUGAUCUGAACCAACUAGUCACUAAAGCAGAGGCCGACGCCAUCAGUGAAAUCAUGGAGAGAACCGUCAUCUCUGUGUUACCAGGGGCACAGAUGACUCUGAUUGGAGGAUUCAGGAGGUGAUCCUAGAGUUUUUAGAAAGUUUUUUCUGUUUAGUUUUCAGACGAACAAGUUUACAAGUGGCCCUGAAUCGUAAUAUUCCUGUUUUAUAAAUCAGCACAGCGGUUAAACAGAAACAUCACUGUUGAAUUUUCAGGGGGAAGCAGACUGGCCAUGACAUCGACUUCCUGAUAACUCACCCAGAGGAGGGCAGAGAGGAGGGACUGAUGUCUAAAGUGGUCUCCUGUUUGGAGGCUCAGGUCUAAUCUGCCGCAUUUACUCUCAUUAAAAGGAUAUUCCGGCGGAAAAUUAAGUUAAGGUCAAACACACUGUAACACAGAGUUAGACACCCCCUCCGGAGAUGAAUGUCGCUGACCGCUCGCUUCUCUACUGUAGUUAUACCAACUUAAGUAACGACCACAGGAUAGCAAUAAAGAGAGCUACGCGCUCAACCAAAACGCCACUCUAUAGCCACAAAUAAUGUUCAGAACAGCACCUAACUUCAUCAACAGUACAUAUAGGGUCCCAGCCAUAGUACUAGCCAUCAAACAUCUCUUUAACUUUGCCUGACUUCUUGUUUCACACAACUCACCUACUCUCUUUCAGCAGCCAUUUGUUUGUAGCGAGACCUCAGGCCAGUCCAUUACGGACUACAGUGGGGUGACGCAGCACAAGGAAGAACAUUUAUGAUCAUGACUUUAUCAUUUGCUUUAAGUAAUAAUCAUCAUAUUAACCAUUUUGCACUGCAGAGGCGGUAGUUCUUCUGCCUUAGCGUCUCUGUCUGAUUGCAUUUCCAUGAAAAAAUGAUGAAAACAAGCGGAUGCUGGGAGAGAGUAGGUGAGUUGUGUUUAGUCUCUUUGCUAAAGAAAUUAGUCAAAGUUAAAAAGAUGUUUGGUGGCCAGUACUACGGCUGGGACCCUAUAUGUCCUGUUGAUGAAGUUAGGUGCUGCUCUGAGCAUUAUUUGUGGCUAUAGAGUGGCGUUUUGGUUGAGGUUUGUUUUUGGCUCCUCAGACCGCUGUGUAUUGCUAUCCUGCAGUCGUUACUAAAGUUAGUAAAACUAGAGAAGAAAGCGGUCGGCAACAUUCAUCUCUGGAGGGGGUGUCUUACUCGGUGUUACGGUGUGUUUGACCUUAACUUAAUUUUACGCCAGAAUAUCCCUUUUAACGUUAUUAAAAUGUCGACUCAUCGGUAUAUUUCACGCUAAAGUGGUCCAACAUGGACUCACAUCUGGUUUCCAUCUCUCCAGGGUUUCCUUCUGUAUCAGAAAACCACCAGGAACUCCUACCUGGAGUCCAGCAGUGGACCUGGGAGGCCUUCCUCGAACAUGGACCGCUUUGAGAGGUGUUUCUCCAUCUUUAAACUGGCAAAGGAGGACAAACGGGGAGAAACACUGAUGGAGGAUGGUGCAAAAACUCUGAAUGGAGAUCCAGGAUCACAUUCACCAUCUUCAGGUCAGAGCCAAGCCAGUGGAGACAGAAAACGGGCGUCUGAAGAUGGAGCAAAGGACAAACCCUCCAAACACAAACGCUGGCGAGCUGUGAGGGUGGACCUGGUUGUCUCUCCCAUCAGCCAGUUUGCGUUCGCUCUUCUGGGCUGGACCGGGUCAAAGGUGACUUUUUAUAAACUUCCUCUUUUCUUCCUCCUCUUUGAAUCAAACUCAGACUGACCUCCUGUUCUCUGUAGCUGUUUGAGAGGGAGCUGCGGCGGUGGGCGGGACACGAGCGGUCCAUGUCUCUGAGCAGCCACGCUCUGUUUGACAGCAAACAGGUACAAAAGGAAACGCCUUUGACUCAUCUUCACUUUUCUACAUCAUAUUUCAGAAUCAGAAAUACUUGAAUAAUCCCCAGAGGGAAAUUGCUUUUGUCACAGUACUCCAGUGCAAAUACAGUAUCAAAAUGAGAUAAAUAAUAGAUAAAAUAAAUAAAAAUAAGUUAAAAAAAAGAGAUAAAUAGAUAAAUUAAGUAAAAAUAAAGAGAUAAUAUAUAAGUAUUUACACUAUAUACAACACAAAUAGUAGAUUUAUAAAUUUAGAUUAAAUAAAUGAAUUUAGAUUAAUUUUGUUUUUCUAACAGGGUCGAUAUCUGAGAGCGACGUCAGAGGAGGAGAUAUUUGCUCACCUCGGUUUGGAGUUUAUUCCCCCAUCUGAGAGAAAUGCUUGAGCCGCCCUGAUGAGUCUCUGCAGCAAAGAUAAGUGCCGGCUAACAUGGCAGAAGAUGGUGAAGAUUUAACUGGGUCAAACAUAGACUGAAAAAAUAAAAAUCUGAAGGUUUAAGCUCUGAUUGAUUCACUUUGGACCUCUGCUUUUAAAAUAGACUCUUACCACAGUCAUAAUAUCAAUUUUUAGUCGUUAAAUCUUCUACAUGUCGAAAACUUUGCUGCUGUUGUUAUUCUGGGUGGUGCUAAAAAUGCCUAAUUAUUACAGAUAUGACAGAUUUUUAACUGCUGCAUCAAGAAAACUGACUAUACAGACGAGUCUGAGCUGUGAUUUUGCUGCUUCUGUGUGCCUGAAACUCGAGGGCCUGUUACAGAAGGACUGUGGCUGGACUGUGGUUGUGGUUGACUGUGAAUGAAUUCAAAAGUUAUAAACCUGUUUUUCUAUAUUUUUGUUUUAAAUGCACUCUGAAAAAUAAAAGAUUAAAAAGAGGACCAUUGAGACAUUUUUCCUAAAUCAACGUUUAAAAUGUCUUAGAAAUGCAAUACAAGUUGUUAAAAUGUUCUAGUCCUGCAGUCAAAAGGUGAUGAAAAGUACUUAAAACCUGUAAUCCUCUAAUCCUCACACUGUAAGGAAGUAAAAAGCAUCCCAAGAGCUGGACCUGCCUAAAGGUGUUUAUUUUAUUUCAACAGAAAAGAGGAGACCGUGUUUUCUGUAGCAGACACAAUGAUGAGAUUAAAUCGGCUUCAUUUCCUGAGAUUAGGUUAAAAAAAGAGACGACAAAACAGUUUGAUUUAAUCAACAAGGAAAAUAAACUGUUCGACAGAGAAAUUAAUUCGAUUCAAAUUCAGAUAAGAAGAGAAAGAGUUUUAAUUAUCUCUGAAGAAAAUCCAACCAGAGAAAAUAACAAAAAAGAGGAUUAAAACAGAGGGAAAGUCAAGUAUUCAGUAUGAAGGGAAAGGGAGUGAUUAUGAGCUACGGAGGCCCUGAAGCUCAAAUACACAGAGAUUUAAUGACCAUGAAAUAUCAAAGUAUUAGGACUGGGACUCAAUUAAAAAACAUUAAUCUAAUUAAUCAUAGGCUUUGUAAUUAAUAAAUUGCAUAUAAAUAUCUGACCUGAGAACCAUGAGAAUCUUUUUUUAAUUUUAUUGUAUACGAGUAAAUCAAUGAAGAGUGAACUGAAUCAAUACAUAAGUUGAAGCAAACAAAACCUUGUUUAUUUUUUUUCAAGGUGAUACUUAACCAAGACCAACAGAUCAGUGUUUUUUUUAUGCCAUAAAGUGGGAAAUUUUAUGAGUGAAUAAUAUAGAAUCAAUUUCAGAGAUCAGUCUACAGUCGAGUGCUAUCCAGUGAGCCAGAGAGUUUGUUAAUUUUUCGGACGUCGACUCACUCAUCUUUGCUCUGAAUCCACUCAUAUAGUUGAGUGUUGGUCGCUGUACUCGGAGUCGGACUAACGUUUGCUUCCAUGCUAGCUGCAGUGUGUUUAGCAUUCAGGUGAUACCAGAGGCUUGACAUGCUGUGGUGAUAUGCUAAUUCUGUUGCUGCGUUCGAGUUACCUCGGAAGUCAGAUGUCAGAGCUGAAAAUUACGUCACACCCGAAUUACCAACGUUUCAGUUACCAAAAAAGCAAAAUCGGAGGCCUGAAACAAGAUGGCUACAUCUACAAAAGUUAUUUUAGCACUUGCCUUAUAUUCAGACAAGGCAAGCACUAAAAUAACUUUCGUAAAUAUAGUUAUCUUGUUUCAGGCCUCCGGUUUUGCUUUUUACCGACUUGGUAACUGAAACGCUUGGAACAUGGGUGUUACGUCAUUUUCAGCUCCGACACCUGACUUUCGAGGUAACUCGAACGCAGCAUUUUUCGCAUAGUUUGCACAAGACUAUUUUUUUAAAUCCAGGCUUCCAUCCAUCUUUCUUUUUUUAAACAAAAAUGCUCAUCCACGCCGAAGCCAAUCAAAACACAUUUAUCCGCGACUUCGUUCAUUUUCCCGCACGCUGGGUGGGACUGGAAUCACUACUGCACUCACAUUGGGGUGCGCCAGUAUUAUCGGUAUACCUUAAAUUCGUCCAGUGAGAAACGUUAUGUGGUGCAAAAAUACAGUAGGUGCGACUAAUAUGUGUUGAUAUUUUUAACAAGAUAAAUUACUGUAAUUAAUUUAUAGCAAUUAACGUGUUAAAGUUUUACUGAAUGAAGAAAACAUUUCAGAAAACACCAAAACUUUUCAAGAUACGCUAAACAAUUUACUUUUGCAGAAAAAUUCACAAAACUAAAAAGAUAUUUCAUGAAGAUAAACAUUUUACUGAGUGCAAAAAUAUUUCACAAAAGUAAAAUUUUUUCAUAAAAGGCAGAAUCAUCUCCCAAUCAACAAAAAACUAACCAAACCCAUAAAAUUUGUUCACAUAAUAGUAAAAAGUUUUAUAAACCUUUCACUUUUUUUGUGAAAUAUAUCCGGGUUAAAUUUGAUGUUUUUGUUUUUCAGUGAAUUUUUUUGUAUUUUUUGUAUUCAUGAAAUUUAACAUUUUAGGGCCUCCGUACACACUGUUUGUUUGAGAGAUCAUGAGCGUGGUUUAGAAAUUACUCUCAACUGUAUCACACUGCUGUUCUCUAAAGAUGAUUUUCUUUAUUUUUUUUAUUUUUAUAAGUGGCUUCAGAUUAAGCAAUGUGACACACUGAACACACACAGACACACACACCUGUGUGACAGUGACCUGGUUUUUGUAACGUCCUCAUCAUCUAACCAAAUCCUGUGUUCACUCUGCAGAAAACCACAGCAGAGAAACAAACACCAAACAACCAUGUAAAGUAAAUCCUGAACGUUUUUACCUAACAUUCAACUUUUAAAACUUUUGUUUUACUUCUAUUAAACUUUCUGCUCCUGUAUAAACCUCCUAAAAUAUCCAGAAUCAUGCCUUUUCUCCAUCGUCUGCACUAUUCAAGAGAUAAAUCUUUUAAACUUUUUUCCCACUGCAGAUCCUGGUUUUCUGAGGUGCAGUUACGUGCCUACCACAAUAGGACAUAUGUUUUGGUCAUGCACAUCCCUCAACGACUAUUGGAGACAGAUAUUUAAUGUACUUUCCAAAAUUUGUGGUCUGACUAAAACACCUGAUAAUCACACAGCCAUUUUCUGCGUACUACCUCCAGGCUGCAAAGUCUCAAGUUUGCAAGCAAACGCUCUGGCAUUUACUUCAAUGCUUGCACGCAGACUCAUACUCUUAAAUUGGAAAGCAAACUCAGCCCCUUCAUUUCUACAGUGGUUGAGGGAUGUUCGAUCAUUUCUACCUUUAAGCCCACAGAAACUUCACCCUUACCUGGAGUCCCUUUGUAGAAGGGUUUCCAUUUCAGUGAUACAUCUUGAGUUGCAUUUGUUUGUUUCAACCAUUUUAAAAUAUGCUCAAAACAUCAAUUUCCUGAACUAUUUUUGUAUUUUUAUUUUCCGUAUUUUUCUGUUUUAUUUCUUUUUUGUUCAAGAGCCUUGUGGGAGGGGGUUAAUGUUUGGAGGUUGAAUGCCUGUUAAAAGAAAACUGCAAAAUAAAGUCUUAAAAAGAAAAAAAAGAAUCAUGCCUUUGUUGAAUUUGAAGAGUUUUAUGUAUUAACGGUCAGAAAUCCUCUUUUCCAGCGGAGGACGGUCAGAUCUGUUUCCCGUGUGUGAGUGUGAAGUCGGGGCGUUUCCUCCACCUCUUCCUAACAGCCUCAUUAACCUCUAAAUACCAGUUUAACAUCAAAGACUGCGUCCCAGCUCACACCUCCACUCCUCUCACAUCCUCACCUCUGACAUGUGCACACUUCUGCUUUUUCCUGCUGAAUUAACCUUUAAUUUUACACAUUUAGGACCAAUAACAGUAAAUACUUGACAGCAGUGAUGUUCACAGCCAGCCUGCGGAGUGAAAAGGGAAGAUUUCAAAGGAAUAAACUUGUUUUUAUUUCAUGUUUCCUUUAUAAUCACCAUUGACACGUGACUGUUUUUGACACCGAAAGUGUGAAGCUAAAGUUUCUGAAGUAAAAAGAGACUCGAGGAGCCUGAGAGUCUGGACCUCGGAGAGAACAGAGACGAGAGGGGAUGUAGUUUGUGUAAAUGUAAAUUCAGUUAACUGCAGUGGAGUCCCGCUAAUGGAGUCCUGCACUUUACAUAGUUCUGAACAGACAAGAAGUUUACAAAGACAGUCUGGUUUAUUGUAAAGUAACAUGCAACAUACUUUUUUAACAAAAACGUGUGUGUCCUGAAAAAUGACUUUCGUAUGAGUUGAAUUUUUCCAGAGAUCAUGAAGAUGGAACAGUAAGGUGGAGUGGAAAACUGUCGAAUCUGAUUAUGGCGUUCUUUCUGGGAAAUGAUGGACGCCAUGUUCUCUGCUCUGAAUAUGAGAGCGGCCACCCGGUGCACAGUUCAAAUCCAGUAUCCCUGAUGGUAUGGAGGUCAUCAGUCCAUAUCCUUGGUAUCUUUCACAUCUGUGAAGGCUCCAUUAAUUCUGAAUUAUAUCUCCAAGUUUAGGAGCAACAUCUGCUGGAGGACUCUGGAGUGGGGAUCGCUGCAUGAAAAGGACAACUGGACUUACUUGAGACGUUUCGCCUCAAGUAAGUCCAGUUGUCCUUUCAAUAAAGAACUGGAAAUCAUAGAUGCUGCAUCCUCAGUUUUAAACAAUAUCUACAGGUUUAGGAUCAACAUCUGCUGACAUCCGGACAAUGACUUUUUCAGGGAAGACCUUCAUAUGAUCCCAAACCACAUUCUGACAACAGCAUGGCUCUGUAGGAGAAGAAUCCUGUUGAGAAACCAGCUUCUGAAACAUCUGAAACAGGACAAAGGUUUGGUAUAGAAAUAAAACGAUAAGAGGAAUGUCUAUUUUUCAUGAAAAAAGUUUGAUUAAAAACUGUUUAAAUGUAUUCUUUUUGCUGAUGAUGACUAAACGAAAGUGAUUGUAAUGUUAAAUUAAGAAUCUGUAACGUUGACAUUGAGAGAGUUACUGAGACUACAUUUCUUGGGGUUGUCAUUGAUCAAAAGUUAACAUGGAAACAGCACAUUGAAUACAUUAAAGGGAAAGUUUCAAAAUCACAAUCCUGAACAAAGAGAUAAAUCAAAAAUGCUUCCUGACUCAAUACAGAGGUUUUUUUAAAUUCAGGACAGUCCGUAUAAUCUCAGAGGUGCUUGCAAAUUUACUGUACAAAAAGCUAAAAAAGGUAUGAAAAGGAGAUGUGUCUCCAUUACUGGAGUUAAACUCUGGAAUGAUGCCAACAUAAAUCUAAAAACAUGUCAUUCUUUUUUGGUUUUUAAGAAAAUGGUUUGUAAAGCUAUUUUCUGAAGCUUUUAAGUGCGAUUAAUUAUCUGUUGUUGUGGUUUCUUUGCUUUUCUGGAGGUUGGUAGCUUUAAAAUGUUGACAAUACAGGAUAAGCUUUUAUAAGCAGUCUGCUUCUGCCUUUUCAGUCAAUAUUCAACACAUAGUUCUUGAUUUAGUGAUUUAGUGAUUUUGUGUGAAAUGUCAAUAUUGUGUACAAUAUUUGGUGUUGACAUGACUGAAUAAACGACUACUACUACUACUAUUACCUUUUUUACACCUAAGGAAAUCUAGAAUGUGUGUUGGAGGUGGUCGGAAAAUAAAUGAAAAAAAUUAGGCACUGGUUUGAUGUAUGUAAAUUAUCUUUAAAUAUUGAAAAAGCAAACUUUAUGCUAUUGGGUAACAAAGGCAAAAAUAUUGAUGCUUCAGUAAAUAUUUAAGGUAUUGGAAUUAAUAGAGUAAAUGAAAUAAAAUUUGACCUGGAAAUCACAUAUUAAUGGAAUAAAAGUGAAAAUAGCAAAAACGAUUGCAAUGUUAAACAAAGUAAGGGACUACUUAGAUAAUAAUUAAGCUUUGUACCUCUUGUAUAAUUGGAUUAUUGUUCCAUAUCUAACCUACUGUGUCAGAUAUGGAACACAGUUCAUGUAAAACUUCCAUCCAGCCAAUUUUCAUUUUACAAAAAAGAGCAAUAUGAAUUUUUAGUAGAAGUCAAUAUAGAGAUCCUUCAAACCCAUUAUUUGUUAAAUUGCAGUUAUUGAAAUUCAUUGAGUGAGUAGAUUUCAGUUUGUUGCAGAUUAUGUAUAAAGCUCAUAAGAAAAUUUUACCAGUCAUUAUCUAGAGCCGAUUUGAAAAAAGAUAAAGUUGUUAUAAUUUAAAAGGAUUUGAAAUAUUUAAAAAGCCAAGAUUGAGAACUAAGCUGAAAGAGCGCUGUGUUACAGUGAGAGGAAUAAGUUUGAGGAACAAUCUGAACAAAGAAACUAAAGAAACUAAAUCAAAUUUUAUUAACAAAGAAAGUGUCAAAGCCAGUAUGUUGAGUAAAUACAGGGAAAUGUGUUCAUCUAAGUCUCGGUAUGUUUGUUUUGUGAAAAAAUGUGAAAUAACACAGUCUUUUCUGUUCGUUUUUGAAAAUAGGAAAUAAUAAACAGUAAAAAGGCAUGUUGGCCUGCAGCUGUUGUUUAUUUUUAUUAUUAUGUGUUUAGUUGAUUAAUAUAUUAUGAAAGAGGGGCAGACUCCGUAAGAGUUUUCUUCUUUCUGCUCCUUUUCAUUCACGUUUGAGAUUUUUCCUUGUUUGUAUUAAAUGUUUUGAAUAUUAACUGAAUGAAAAUGUAUGAAAAUGAAAAAAAUUAACAGAUGGAGUGUGUGUGUGACUGUACCUUCUCCCAGUUGUUGUUGUUGUUGAUGGUGGUGUUGAGGGGGGAGGUUGGAGUCUCUGGUCCUGGUCUUCUGCUGUCUUUCUGUCUGUGGGGUAACGGCCCCAUGCUGAGCUCGUCUUUGAUUGGCUCCAUUCAGACCCUUUCAUCUCUAAUGGGCCUGUUUGCUUCUCUGUUAUGGACGCAAAUACACCUCAGACCUCAGACCCCCACUUCACUUCACUCCCCCCCCUCGGGACUCUGACAGGAGACACAUGUCCCAACACGGUCGUCCUCAGAUCUCCGCAUAUAAGAGCUAAUAUCUGCUUUCGUCUCUGCGUUAUCAGGUUUUUACAGAUAAAAUCACACAAACUGAGACGCAUAAAACUCAGUUUGACUUUCUUUAAAGGAGGAGGAGGAGGCUGAUGGGCUUUCUGUUUCUCAUUAUCAAUAAAUCCUUUCAGGACACAAAACAUCUGUCCAUGAGUCCUCAGUUCUGUGGCUCUGAACUAGUCCCCCCGAUAACCACUGAGGACUUGAUCUUUUAUAAAUGCAUCAGCGUUUACUUUAAGUACAAUCAUUUACACGUCAGGUCUGCGGAGAAAGGUAAUAAAAUAUCACAAAGAAUUCCUACUUUUUUUUUCUUGUUUUUUCUUCCCUAUUUUUACUUUUUUAUUUUUACCUUUUUAAUUUUUUUAUUUCAAAAAUUUUCCUACUCUUUCAUACUGUAUCAUUUUGUAUGAUACAGUGUAACAGAGUGUAACGUAAUUUAUCAUAAUGUAACGUAUCACAGCCUAAUAAAAUAUCACAAAGAAAUAGUACUUUUUUUUUUGUUUUUACUGAUUUCUUCUUCCUUAUUUUUACUUUUUAAUUUUUACCUUUUUAAUUUUUUUUAUUUCAAAAUUUGGAAACUAUUAUUUUGAAUAAUUUCCAACUAAAUGAAAACAUAUCAGCAC